UGCCUUCGAUUACCUAUGAGAGGACAUUAUCUUCCUGGAAACCCUGGUCUCAGCUAUUUGAGAGGGAUUACGAAUACGUCCUCGACACAGGGUGCAACUGCCGCUGCGAAUCUCGAGCAGAUGAACAGACAAAUAUGCGCGAAUUUGCAUACCGCCGUUCUUGUGGCAUCGGAGCAGGACAAACGAGAAGCUCGCCGGCUGAUUGAUCAUGCUCGCAAAAGGAGAGACGCCUGCAAGGUUGUCGAGACAAUCAAGUUUGCCGGCGAGAUCGUGUCAAGGGCGGACUUGGCCCUCAAGGUAAGGAAGUCAGUCGACAAGGCUGUCAGACUAUGUCGUGGGGUCUACCCGGUGAUGGUCACAAACCCGGCCACGGAGCCACUCACCAACUCCAGGCCGAUGGACGACGCUGAACCGUUCAACGGUUCCAUACCGUUCACCGGCCUUGACGCCCUAGUCGCAGGUGGGCCCAAACCGUCGGCAGUCGGCUGUCGAAAAUGCGCUAUCGCCUUUGCUAUCAUGGCCUCGGUGAAUAAUUGCACGCAAGGCAUUGUGUUCCAGCAGAACACAGACAGCAUAAUGAGGCAACCUCGGUUCAACCUCAAGCCCCCAUCGUCUUUGCGUGCGGCAAGAAUAAGACCCCUGUCCAGCUUUUCGGAACGAGAACGCAUGAAGUCGGCAACCUGA